AUGGUGCUCAACAUCUUGAUAGCCUCAUCUGUGAUCAAUACGACAUUCGGUGUGAUAACAACUAGUCUCUGGGUGAUUCCCUUCCUCCUGGCUGCAAUCUCCUUCUAUCGCUACGAUCGCGUCGAUCCCGAGUCCCGACCCUUCGAUCGACGCGUCAUCCUGCCCGAGUACGACUUCAUCGUGAUCGGCGCUGGGUCGGCGGGCGCCGUGGUGGCCAACAGACUGACCGAGGUGCCAGACUGGAAGGUGCUCCUCUUGGAAGCGGGUCCCGAUGAGAAUGAGAUCUCAGACACACCAUCACUUGCCGCCUAUCUGCAGCUCAGCAAACUCGAUUGGCGCUACAAAACGCGCUCCUCCAACACAUCAUGCCUCGGCAUGGUGAACAACCGCUGCAAUUGGCCACGCGGGAAAGUCCUCGGCGGCUCCAGCGUCCUCAACUACAUGCUCUACGUGCGAGGCAAUAAGAAUGACUACAACUACUGGGAAUCACUGGGAAAUCCCGGGUGGAAUUACGAAAAUGUGCUGCAUUACUUCAAGAAGUCCGAAGACAACAGAAAUCCCUAUUUGGCCCAAACCAGUCGCUAUCAUCGCACUGGCGGAUAUCUCACAGUGCAAGAAUCACCGUGGCAUUCACCCCUGGUGGCGGCCUUUGUGGAGGCGGGAACGGAAAUUGGCUACCCAAACAGAGACAUCAAUGGAGCAGAUCAGAAGGGUUUCAUGAUCGCACAGGGAACAAUAAGACGCGGCAGCAGAUGCAGCACAGCCAAAGCCUUCCUCAGACCCAUCAGAUUGCGAAAGAACUUUCAUCUCAGCAUGAACUCUCACGUGACAAAAAUCCUAAUUGAUCCCAACACAAAGAGAACUUAUGGCGUGGAGUUUGUGAAGAAUGGCAAACGCUAUCAAAUCAAUGCCAAGAAAGAAGUCAUUCUGUCAGCCGGAGCCAUAAACACGCCACAAAUUCUCAUGCUCUCGGGCAUUGGACCGGCAGAACACUUGGAAGAGAAGGGAAUUGAUCUCCUGCACGACCUUCCCGUGGGUGACAACCUUCAGGAUCACGUGGGAAUGGCGGGAUUAACAUUUUUGGUGGAUAAACCCGUGACACUCAUUCCGACACGCAUGAAUGCCGGCGCUUUGGUGAUGCAUUAUGUGGUGAAUGAAAGAGGCCCAAUGACGAGCUUAGGAGGGGUUGAAGGCCUGGCAUUUGUAAACACACCACUGGCCAACAAGUCCGCCAACUGGCCCGACAUUCAGUUUCACAUGGCGCCGGCCUCUAUCAACUCCGACGGCGGCGAUCAGGUGAAGAAGAUCCUGGGCCUCAAGGAGAGUCUCUACCGCGAAGUGUAUCAUCCCAUUGCCAAGGAGGACGCUUGGACGAUAAUUCCUCUCCUGCUGCGACCCAGAUCGAGAGGAUGGGUGCGUCUGUACUCGCGAAAUCCCUUCCAGGCGCCCAUCAUGGAGCCCAACUACUUUAAGGAUCCGCACGACAUCAAGACACUGGUGGAAGGUGCUAAAAUUGCAAAGAGAGUCGCCGAUGCCAAAGUCUUCAAGCAAUUCGGGUCGAGAAUCUACCGAAAGCCACUUCCCAAUUGCAAACACUUGAAAUUCUGGUCAGACGAAUACAUUGAGUGUCACAUAAGAACAAUCUCAAUGACGAUUUAUCAUCCUGUGGGAACAGCGAAAAUGGGUCCCGCAUGGGACAAAGAAGCUGUCGUGGAUCCACGCUUGCGUGUCUACGGUGUCUCUGGUCUGAGGGUCAUCGAUGCCAGUAUUAUGCCAACAAUCUCAAGUGGCAACACAAACGCCCCAGUAAUUAUGAUUGGCGAGAAGGGAGCCGAUCUGGUGAAGGAAGAUUGGUUGGGCGAUGAGUUUGUGUUAAAUCCACUCACAGAUCAUUAUUGA